GCUUCACGCAGUUCUCGUCUUGCUCAAAGACUCAUAUUUGUGGUUCUGAAAUGCGGCAAGGAAACGUUUUGCGCCAGCGUGGGGCGCAAGCAAGGGCGAGGCUGCUCUCCUGCCCCCUACUUAGGUUCACACCUCAACGUGCUGGCGCACCGAUGCGGCAACGCCAGCAGUAUGUGAACCCGGAGCUGAGGCAUCCUGGGCGGAUUUCCUCAAACGUGCAGUCUUCAGCAGCCCAGCACACGGCGCCCAACGACUCGGCAUCAACGUCAUAUUUAUCGCUCAUAUCGUCCAGCGCCUUCCAGGUUAUGGACCCCGCGGGCUCAUUGCCCACCGCUGCCGAGGUGGCUGAAGUGCUGCCCCACCUGACUCCCAAGCAGCUGGCGGACGCAGUGUGGUGCUUCGCGCAGCACGAGGUGAAACCGACGGCGGAGCUGAUGGACGCUGUGGCGCAGGAGAUCCACAGCAAGCUGGCGCACUUCAGGGCCCAGGACCUGAGCAACACGCUGUGGGCGUUCGCGAUGCUCAAGUACCAGCCCACGGAAAUCUGGUGGCAGGACUUUGAGCGCCAGGUGUACGGCGCACUCACGGACCUCACGGAUCGCCAGCUGGCGAACCUGCUGUGGGCGUUCGCCGUGCUGGAGCGGCGGCCAGUGGUUGCAGACACCCUGCCCGCAGCCGCCUCGGCGUCGGCCUCGACUUCUUCCUCCGCUGUGGGGUGUGCGGACGUGCUAUCGUGCAGUGGCGCGGCGGCGGGAGCAGGGGCGGCGGCCAGUGGCGGGGUAGGUUGCUCUGCUGUGCCCCAGGUGGAGCUGCUGGCGGCUUCUGAGCGCCGCUCCGGCUGGGUGCUUGACCCCCUGCUUGCACACAGCUGCGCGCGUGGCUUCUCCGGCUACUCGGCCGGCAGCCUGCACCUGCUGGUGUGGUCUCUGGGCAAGCUGCACCACCCGCCGCCCGCUGCCUGGCUAGAGGGCUUCCUGCCGGCCGCGGAGUCUCAAUUUUUCCGCUUCUCGCCCACCGAGCUGUCCAACAUAAUUUGGGCACUGGCCAAGCUGGGUGUGGAGCUGCCAGGCCCAUGGCUGGAUAAACUGCUGCUGGUUGCGCAGUGGCGCUUCCCGUCCUUCCCCGCGCGGCUGUUGAGCAUCGUGGCCUGGAGCACGGCCACGCUCAACCACCGGCCGCAGCAGGAGUGGCUGAUGUGCUUUGAGGAGCAGGUCCGCGCCAAGUUCCUGGACUUCACAGGCCACGAGCUGGCGUGCGUGGCCUGGUCGCUGCGGCGGUUCGGCUACUCGACCCGCAACAACGCGGUGUUCUACAUGCUGCAGAAGCAGCACCGCUUCCUAGCCGCGGACUUCGAGAUCCUGUCCAACCCCAAGCUGCUGCGACAGGUGCUCGGGUGGAAGGCCGCCGCGGCCUCCUCCGGCGAGCAGGACGACGACAAUCGCCGCAACCACAACGGCGGCCUUGGCGGGGAGAGCGUUCCGUAAAGCACCGGCCGGCGGCGCACACCUGUCGGCCCCGUGCAAACGGCAACACGCACGAGCUCCGGGGCAGCAGGCCAGUCGUGGACGACUGCAGGGCGCGGCACAGGCAGCGGUAUGAUAGCGGCCCUGCUGCUGUCAGGGAUUCAUGUCGGUAGAUCAGUCGACCCUCGCUUGCGCGGCUGAUUGGUGGUUGACCUUGUGUCUUGUAUAGGGGCUUCUGUUUAUGUAGCGCAGUAGCAUAUUAGAGUGCGGCGGUGUCGUGUGUGUAUGCGCACAUUCAUGAGUUCCAUGCAGCAAGCGUAUUCCAGGCAUUGCUAGGAGCUGGUGUGCAUUGUUGUAGCUGCCAGCAGGCGUCGUGUGUUGUAUGCGUUGCCUGGCACCGCCUUGGUGUCUAUGCCUAUGCAAACUUUGUGCGUGUGUCGCGCGUUCGAGGUACACCAGGUGGCGGCGCGGCACUGGAAGUGCGUAAGUAAUAACGUGUGCGCGAGUUUGAUUGACCGACUUGCGAGGUGUGGGCUACUGGUGUGGGUGGUGUAUGCCACUUCAUGUAUAUUGGGCUUUGGAGCUGGCGUGCUGCAUACACGCAGCAAGCAGUAAAUAGACCAGUUUACCGUUUACAGCGCGGCUGUCAUGGGGCAAGUGAGUUUAAGGUGGUUUCCAUUCCACCGCAUGCGUGGACAUACCACGUGCAACGUAUGCGUUCUCAGUACGCGACUCUGACAUAAGUAUAUUCUUGUUGCGAGUGUCUUCUACUGCUUUUCUAACUUGGUAUAUUGGUUGAAUGUGCAUCAUGUCGUGUCGCGGAUUGCGUCAAGGCCAGCGCAUGCUGGGACUAAGCCAGGUGCAGGCGGAGGGAGUUGUGUGUGUGGUUCAGGUUGCAGGCAGCACCAGUGAGGCUGGACGGGGCUGUGGGUGCCCAGCUUGUGGCGUGGGGCUCUAGCUUACGUCAGUCGCUGACGUGCAAUGCUGGAGUUUGCGCACACAGGUUGAAGCAUACCAGAAUAAUGUGCGUCCAAGCUGCCUCCGGAACAAUGCGCAAAUUUGACGCUGGCGCGUACCGAGAGCCCAAAUAAAGUGAUGAGGGGCGCAUGAGUUCACAGAAACGCGGAUAGCUGGAGUGCGGUAACAGAGUAGCAAACGCAGCCUUGGUCAAGACUUUCGAGGGGGUGUGACGUAGCGAGGUGAGCUUGUAGAAACGCGCAGGAGGGUCGGGGCAGGAGUGUGGGAGAGUAUCAAACAUUCCUUUUCGUAAUGCGAGUUAUAGGAAGGGGUAUGGAGAGAUGGACAAGGGAGAAGCGGGCAACAUGGCCCAACCGUCCGGGCGGCACGGACGCGUGCACUUGUGUGUGCCUUUUGUGCGCCAGUGUGCAGUCGAAAGGCACGCAGCUCGUCUUAGCCAUUGUUUAUGGUUGGUGUUGGAGACGGAGAACGAUGUCACGGCUGGAAGCGCCGUUCACCGAGUAUUGCAUGAGGCGAUUAUGAGAUGCGUCCACAUAUCAGGCUCACGGUAUUUGUACAGGAGGGCGUGGAGGGCGCUGUACAGGGCGGGCGGGUGGGACGCCGCAUGGGGCCAGUUUAUGAUAGGAAGUGCUCCGUCGGUGGGUUGCAAGCAAAAGUCUGCGGCUACUGUACAUAGGACGUCGGCGUUCAAGUACAAUGGCCUGCCGCGCAACCCGGCCUCCCGGAAGGGGUGCGCACGCCUGAUGUACACCGGGGUACACCGUGACUGUGCGACGGGAAGCAGUGAGGAACCUGAGCACGCAAGGUGCGGCGGCAGUGUUGGUGAUGAGAGUGCUGUGCCGCAGUAGGGUGAUAGGACUAAGUGGAUACAUACUCUGCGAUGGCGUGUGCAGAAGAACAACAAAACCGAAGAAUUGGCAAACGGCCGCGGACAUGUACACGGGAGUGCCAGAAGUGAAGAUGAGUGCGGCCUGUAACAUGAGGAUUGU